AUGCACGACACACGAGUGAGGGUCUCGGCGCUGCAGCGCUCCGUUUCGGCUGCCCUCGCCGCCAUCCGUUUUGGCUUCGAGGAGGAGUAUGUCAAGCCGCGCACCGGCCACUCGCUCGACCUGGCGCUGCCCUCGUCACGCAUCGCGAUCGAGGUGGACGGCCCCUUUCACUUCACCUGCUGCCCGACCGCCGACGGCCGGGGCCGUUCCCCGUUCUUCGAGUGGGACGCGCUUGCAUUCGGCCAGUGA